AUGUGGCAUGCCUAUCUGCAAGAGCUGCCCUCGCAUCACAAUUCGACUUUUCAGAAUGUGAUUGCUUUGGACAGAUUGCUCACCACUCGCGUUCCUUCAGUCCUCACAUCCAGGGAGGAAAUCCGCGUCCGAGUGACGGAUGUUAAGAGCGGUGGCAGUGAUACCAUCCUCUGCGAAACCUCGGAAGCCCUGCAGCGGGCUCUGGCGUCCGACGAUGAGGGGUUAAGGAUCAUUUCAAUUUACUCGUCCGAUUCAAUCACCCCCUUAAAAAUCUCGCCCAGGUUGCUGGCGAAUCUAUUGCAAAGAUAUCACGUCCACCCGUCAUUUCUCCAGGUGCUGCUCUCGUUCGGAAGCAAUGUCAACGUUUCAGAAGCAGGAAAAAGUAAUCUGUAUGUUGGUGGGGAUGAGAAAAACUCAUACAUCACAUAUCAGAUCAACUAUGUCGAAGAAAAAAAGCAUCAGAAACAUCUGACUUGGUCGUGGCGCCAUACCGGAGUAUACCAUCAUCACUCUCGCGCACAACGUGGAAAAGCGUUCGAUCUUUUCAUUCUCCUCCAUCCGAAUGACGCCAGUGUUCUCGAACGAAGAAUUCACAAUGAGCUGCAAAUUGCAAGAAGCAUGCUUGUGGGAUUGAGUGGAGAUUCUGGGCACAACAAUUAUAUUUCCACAGCUCUCCACUCGCUUGCCUUGUCCUCAUUUUCGGGAAACUGGCAAUGGUAUCUGCGGGACCUAGGGAGGCAGUUUGAGAAACAUAACGACCUCGCUCUUACAGCUGUUCCAGAGGAAGCCACACCCCUGGAGAGCUAUGACAUGGUCUCUUCACUUCGAGAUCUGAACGACUCGGUCCUGCGUGCUCAAGUGUGUUGUCGAGGAAACCUCGAGCUGGUAGAGAAGCUGAAAGCUGCGACAGCCUCUGGCACGCUAACAACAGCAGAUGAUGCGUUGAAGCAGAUUGUGAUGGAAUACGACGCCAUGGGAACUGAACUUCAUGGUUACCUUGCAAGCUGUGAUGAACUCAUUCCCCGGAUUCGGAACGCAAUUGAUUUGGCCGGGUAUACCUUAUCUCUUCACAACCAACUUGAUACAGCGAAGAUCGAUCGCGAAUUACGAGACCUCAUCGGUCAUCUCGACAUGUUACAGCGGGACUCGGUCGAUGAUAGCGCCGCAGUCAAAAUCAUAACUUUCGUCUCAGCAGUUUACUUACCCGGCUCGUUUAUCGUCAGCCUCUAUGGCAUGAACUUUUUCGUGUUCGACACGGACGCCCGCCAGAUCGUGAUCGCCCACGACUUUUGGAUUUUUAUAGCCACAUGGCUUCCACUGACGCUUGCAACGGGUCUCAUAUAUGUGCUGAUUGUCUGGUUCGAUGCGUGGUGGAAAAGAAAGCCAUUUCGUUUGUUCCAGCGGCCGGUGAGGGCGACUAGAGUGGAGACAGAUUUGGGGCCGCAGAUCAUAACCAAAGGCUGA